GAGCAGGCAGCGUGCGCUGCGCUCUCCCCGCCUCCAGCCGGGCUGCGCUCCUCCCUCCCCGGCUUCUGGCUGCGCUGCGCAUUGCGCUCCGGACUCGGCUGCAGGAGGCAGAGUGAAGAUGAGCUGUGAAGAGAUCCGUAUGUUUGCAGUGAAAUUUGGGCAAGACUUUGACCUCUAUUUUGCAGAUGAUGAAGGUCUGGAGUGCGACAACUGGAAGAAGGAACACUCCCUACAGCACCAGAUCUUUCGAAACACAUCUAAUCAGGUACUCGUGGUACAGCCAGGACCAGAGAAUACUGUCACGAAUGUAUUUGAGUCUAUGGCAGAUCAAGAGAUGAUACCAGGAUGCGGAGUGCAUUUCACCAUCCACUAUUACAAAGACUACACGUUGGAGGAAGGGUUGCCUGUGGCAUUCAGCGUCCUGGUAGAAAACAAGACUUACUGUAUGUACUGCACACAUGAAAGUGGGGAAAAGACUAUUCGAUUUAGGGAAGAAGAAGUUCCCAGAGAAAUUCAUGAACAAAGCAGUGACAUCAUCUUCAUCCAAAAGUCAGUUUCACCAAUACACACAAAAGCAUUCAAAUUUGAAUCUUCACUAAUGCGAGGCUACUUUUUGGCCUUUCAGAAAGAAGAGGACUUAAGCAAACUGAUUUUAAAGCAAUGUGAAAAUGAAGACCAAGUGGAUGAAUCCAUAUAUAUGACUGUCUCCCAAAUAAACUGAUUUGAUAACGUACCAUACACAAGCAAUAUCUUGGCCAUUUUUAUCCAACUUUUAUUACUUAAGUGGUCAAAUUAUCUCUAUGCUAAACUGUGUAACCACUCAAACACACAGCCUCCGGGCACUGAGUUAAGUUCCUCGGGGUUUGUGCUGAGUUUAUUGGCUCCAGGACUAACACUUUUCAAUUCUUACCUGCAGCUGAGAGCAAAUACUGAAACAUAAAUUGGUGGACAUGGAGCUUAGGAAUUUUAUGAUCAUAGAGAUGAACGUCUGUUGCUAGUUACAACGGCUUCUAUGGUAAGGCUGCUAUUACCACAAUGCCUUCUCCAAAAAAAAAAAGUAAGUCUUUGCAUAAGAUUGUCAUUGCCAACUUUUUGAAUUAAGUAUUACAUUUGGAAUUAAAUGAACCUUUUGAUUUUUUUUUUAA